AUGAGGAUUCUAGCCUGGAAUUGUAGGGGGGCGGCCAAGCCGGCCUUUAUGCCCUCAUUUAAACGGCUAGUGCAGCUCCACUGUCCAGAGAUCUGUUUUCUUUGCGAGACACGAUUGUCUGGUGAUGGGCUUGGUCGACUGAGGCGACGCCUGGGGAGGGACUGGGAGACCUAUGCAGUCGAGUCCCAGGGGCUGUCUGGUGGCCUUUUGGUCCUGUGGAGGCGAGGGGUGGCGAGGAUUGAUGUCUUCCACAACUGUUCUCAACAGGUAGUGAUGGUUGUAUCGGAACCUGAGGCGGACCCUUGGGUGUUGUGUGGUGUGUAUGCGAGCACGGAUUACAGGGUCAGGAGAACCCUCUGGCGAGAGGUCACCAACUUGGUUGCCCAGGGCAUCCCGACGGUGGCGGUCGGUGAUUUUAAUUGUAUCAGAAGUGCGGAUGAGAAGAGGGGAGGUGCGUUAUUCACUGAUAGGAUUGAUAGGAGGGAGUUUCGCGACUUUGUGCAGCUAAAUGGCUUGGUGGACUUAGGCUUUUCGGGACCACGGUUCACCUGGUGCAACAAUCAACCCGGCGGUGCUAGGGUUUGGGAGCGACUAGAUAGGGCCUUUGCAUCCCCAGACUGGAUCCUUCGCUUUCCUACCUGCCGUUUAUCCCGGAUUGCAUCAGAUCAUUGCCCCUUGUUGAUUUCGACCUCAUCGGAACCGGAUCAUCAUAGCCCCUUUCGCUUCGAGAAGGUUUGGCUAUCGUACCCUCAGUCUUGGGACAUUGUUCGCGAUGCGUGGCGUGUUCCGGUGCGGGGGGAUGCGAUGCGACGGGUCUCACGCAAACUCGAGUUGACCAAACGGCGGCUUCGCCGUUGGAACCGCGAGGUAGUGGGCGAUAUUUUCCGGAGAUUGGAGGGGGUUGAGGAAGCGAUUACUGAACUACAGAGGAGAGAAGACCUACGAGGUGAACUUCCGGAGAAUGACAUGACUGAUCUUCGGGGGCUUCUAGCGACUCACCACUCACUGCUACGGAAGCAUGAGAUUUUCUGGCGAUAG